GUUGUUCAUUUACUUUUUAGAUCUUCUGCUUGCUUCACGUUACCAACAUCUGCUAGAGUAGAUCUGUCAUGGUUUCAGCAUAUUCGCGAUUUCUCAAAGUCUUUUAUAGUUUAUUCUUUAGGUCCAGGGAUUCAAGAUCUUCUAGCAGUUGUCUUGAACCCUAGAGUUUUACCAACUGUCUCUUCUUUUCGUAGCUUCUUCCUGGGAGUUAUGCAAGGCUUUUGGGCUUUGCUUCUGACUAGAGUCUUGCAACCGGGUAAGCAUAAGGGCGCGUAUUUUGGCUUAUUAUUAUUCCUAGCUACCGGUUUUAUAUGUGGGCAACUGGUCGAGACUACUUCGAAUCGGGUUAAUGCUAGGAGAAUUGAGUGUGGGAGAAUUAUGGAUAAAAAAAAGGAAACUCAUAUACUAGAAUGUAGAAACGAAUAUGACGAUUCUUCGCCGAAUCCUCCGUGUAGGUGA